AUACGACUCGUCGGAGUCACCGGAGUCUAAUGAGUAUAAACCUCGGAGAAAACACAGGGCGUGGAAACGCCCCAAGCCUACUGAAACCUCUGAUGAGUCUAAAUUCGAUUCGGUGGAAGCCAGAAAGUCAGCCAAACGUGAUAAAGCAGAGUCCAUGAAAUCGUCAGCCACUAGCAUCAAAUCGGAAGUGAAGGAUUCUUCUAAAGAGUCCGAAAAAUCUAAGACUGACAGGUUUUUCAAAACGACUAAACCGACUGGAUACGACUCGUCGGAGUCGCCGGAGUCCAAUGAGUACAAACCACGGAGAAAGCACAAGCCGUGGAAACGCCCCAAGCCUACUGCUGCGUCUGAUGAGUCUAAAUUCGAUUCGCUGGAGUCCAGAAAAUCGGCAAAACGGGCUAAAGCCGAGUCUAUGAAAUCAGAAGUGGAAUCCAAAGACUCCGAUAAACCUAAGACUGAUAGCUCUUUUAAAACUACUAAACCGACUGGAACCGACUCGUCGGAGUCACCGGAGUCCGAUGAGUAUACUAGACGUCGGAAAAAACACAAGGUGCCGAAAUCGACUAAGCCUACUGAUGUAUUUGAUGAGUCGAAACUAAAUUCGGUCGAGUCGAGAAAAUCGGCCAAACGUGCUAAAGCCGAGUCUAUGAAAUCGGAAGUGGAAUCCAAAGACUCCGAUAAAUCUAAGACUGAUAGUCCUUUUAAAACGACCACACCGGCUAGAACCGACUCGUCGGAGUCAUCGGAGCUCAAUCAGAACAAACUUCGAAAAAAGCAAAAGCUGCCGAAACCCACUAAGCCUACUGAGGCCCCCGAUGAGGCUAAGUUCGCUUCGGUUGAGUCCAGAAAGUCAGCCAAACUAGCUAAAGCAGAGUCGAUGAAAUCGUCAGCCAGUUCCAAAUUGAAAGCUGAACUUUCUUCCAAAGAGUCCGAUAAAUCAAAGACUGCCACUUCCGCAGAGAGUUCCGGGAAUACUAAGCGUGCCACUCGUUCUAAACCUAAGCCUAGUACGAGCUCUUUUACAACGCCUAAACCGGACUCAUCGGAGACGUCGGAGUCCGAUAAGGCUACAAAACCUUCAAAACGCAAGCUGUCAAAGCCCGCCAAGCCUACUGCUGCAUCAGAUGAGUCUAAAUUCGCUUCGGUUGAGUCCAAAAAGUCUGCCAAAGAUGCUAAGGCAGAGUCGAUGAAAUCUGCAGCAAAGGAUUUGAAAGACUCCGACAAACUGGACACUUCCGCCGACAGUUCUGCGCCCACCGUCCUUAUCAAGCUACCCGACUCGCACAAAAGU